AUGAUCGAGUACACCGCAGACUCUCCCAACUGGGAGGCCUGGUUUGCCCUCGGACACAAGGGCAACGACGGCUCGGCGUCCCACAUCAACCACGACCUUCCACCGCCGCCCCUGCCGAUAGAGCCGGAGGAAGAGGAGGCGAAGACAGAGGUAGAGUACGAAGCCGCCCUCAAGGAGGCCCUGCAACACGCGCUAGAGGCGAGUCGGCUCGAGGAGGACGCCCAUUGGGAUGGGCUGGAGUAUACCUGGCCAUUCCUCGGGCCGGGCCGGGCUUCGGGCCGGGCCAACCAAAGCCCGACGCAAAAAACCCAGGCCCGAGCCCGGCCCGCCCAGUCCCAGUCCCAGUCCCGCCAGAACCGCGAGAUCCGAUCCGACUCCGACUCCGGGCAGCAGAGUUGGCGCCACGGAACCGGAGCUCGCCGCUGGCCUGUCCUUCCCGCCUGCCGUUUGAUCCUCCCGUUCUUCGCGCUGCUCUCCCAGUCCUGCGUCCCGCUCCUCCCCUUCCCCGCCCUCUACCGCACCCUCCUCACCGACAACAAUGCCGGCCGCCACCGCCGCCACCGCAGCUUCAUCGAGAUCCUGGACAGCGAGCCCACGCUGCACGCCCGCUACUACGCGCGCGGCGACAACGUGAUGCUCCCGGAGGUGCCCUUCGACCGCUUCCGCGUCGGCUCCCAGUUCUUCGUGCUCGCCAGGCGCCACGCCGUCAUGGUGGUCAGGGACAGGAGGCUCUGGAACAAGUUCAAGGCGCCGUGCCUCGUCAAGGAGAAGGACUCGUGCUACCCGGAGGAGCACUACUUCCCGACGCUGCUCGACAUGCAGGACCCCGACGGCUGCACCAAGUACACCCUCACCAGGGUCAACUGGACCGACGCCGUCGGCGGCCACCCGCACACCUACCAGCCGGAGGAGGUCUCCGGGGACCUCAUCAGGGAGCUCAGGAAGUCCAACGGGACCUACUCCCACAUGUUCGCGCGCAAGUUCGCGCCGGAGACCCUUGCGCCGCUCAUGGAGAUCGCCGACUCCGUCAUCCUCCGUGACUAG